UGCAUCCGUUCACAGUUCUCUUUGUCAUCUGCUUCUCUUCAUGUUCUUUUCCGAAUAUACCAUUACCCACAAAGGCAAACACCCUUAAGUGCUUCUCUUAAUGUGCUUUUCCAAUUACAUCGGUUGCUCUGUGAGACAACCACUCACUCUGAAUUUCUCACCAAAGUUAUUCUUACCAAUUGAUGAACACAUAUAUAUAACAACCUAGGGAGACUGAAUGCAUAAACUCGCUUGACGACAUGAUGACUGAUUAGAUUAAAUGGCUUUAUAAAGUAAAGUACAUGAUAAAUGAUCAAGUUCCAUAUGCCAACAUCACAUUUUUGAACCGCGAAAGUAUGACAUGUGUUCCAUUUAAAUUUAAAUUUGAAAUUUUGUUAAAGGCUAGAAGGUUUUGAUGGAACCGGUCAUAUUGAACCGAGAAAGAGACGCAGCGGACCGCAUAAAACGGAUGCCUAUGUAAGUUAUUACAUAAAUAUAUUUACACAGAAUUUGUCUAUCAAAGAAAUUACCGUUAUUUAGUCGUAUGUUUAAUAUAGCUACAGGUUGUUCGACGACCACCGUGAUGAAGAUUUUUAUGGGCUACCUCGGAAAUACAGUAUUGUCGCUCGGGUAGAAGUUAAAUUCCCGAUUGAACCACGUUAUCGUGAUAGACAACAUUUUAUUUUAUCUGACAUCAAUGUAAGCCAACAAUUAUUUAAGUUUCAUUUACAAAGUUGCAUGAUCUUCAUACCAUUGCCUAUACUCCUACUGAAAUCCUACUGAAAUACUAUUAGGGAGCCAAGAUCGAGGCCAUAACAUAUGUGUCCGUGACAGUUAAACAUUUCAACAAUUUGCUACAUGAAAAGCAUGUUUACAAUAUGCAUAACGUAAAGUUUGGUCUUCAUCCGGGGGAAUUUAAUUUUCGACAUCUAAAUGGUCCCAUGGAAUUGUAUUUCAACCAACAAACUAUCGUGGAGCCAUACACAGUUCCAAUUCAAAUGCCGCCAUUCCCAAAACAUAUAUUCUUCAACCUUGAUGAUAUUGCUGAGUUGCCAAACAGGACUUUAGUCGAUAAGAAUAUAUUGAUCUUGGCUCGAUAUAUUCCAUUGAUCGUUUAAACAAAAUUUAGUAUUAAUCCAUUUAUAAAUUGUUAUUUUUGUAGACAUUAUGGCUAUUGUAGUCCACAUGGAUACAAUUCAUCGCACAAUGUGGGGCCCUUUCAGAAAGAUUGUUAUAAUGGAUGCUAGGGGGUCUUUACAUAUCAUUAAAGUUUGGGGUGACCUACUAAACAAAAAUGCACUCCGUUGGGCGUUGGCUAAGGAGGAUUAUGGCAUAAUAAUUGGGACUAUGUUUAGGCGGUUCAGAAGACAAGAGUUCCUCGAGUCUUCGGAUCAUACCGCAAUACACUUCAAUCCGUUCCAUCACAACGCCCACUAUUUUGGACCAAUUCAAAAAGCUUUGGUGGCGCGGAACAACCGUCAGUUUGCUGUUACAUUUCUUGAAGAGCAAAGGCGUAGAUAGAUUCUACAAUUUCACAAAGAGCAAUAAUUGGAACUAUGUUUAGGCCUAGAUAGAUUCUACAAUGAUAGAAUACAUGUCGUACUGUUAUUGAUCAACCAAGAGCAACAUGAGGCUGAAUUGUAAUACCUAUGACAUGGGUUUAA